UUGAACGAUGCCCUAAUUCAGCGACUUCUUACAUACAAAAAGGGUUCAAGAAAGGAAAAGCGAUUGCAGGGAUCAGACUGUGAAAGAGCUUUGAACAUACAAAAAGCUCAGAAACACCCUCGAUCAACUUAUGAACCUCUGCAACUGAGUAGGAGCCCAUCCACAGGGUUAUUUGAGGAUAUAAACAAGAACCAUAACCAAGACAGGUCAAGCAGUCUUAUUGAUGGGUCGGCCUUGCUAGAAGAAAGCAAUACAGGUGUAAAUAUAUGUACACCACAUAUCCAAGCCGCAUCAGAAUUACUUCGAGCGGCAAGCGAAAUUGUAGAUGAUAGGCUCGACGAAAAUUCUACUUGCUCUUAUCAAGUUAUCCCAGCUGUCCCGAUUUUGAUUCAGAGGACGAAGAGCUGGAAUCCUCGGCAUACUCUAGCUCUGAUGAGUCUAUAGUAUCGAGCUUUUCUCAAAUAGCACCCGAUCACACUUCAUGCAAUUUUGCAGCGUCUUUUCGUAGAGAAUCGAUGAAUUGCAUCGAGGCUAUAAAUGGAGGCCUACCCCAAAAGACGUCAUCGAAAAUCUUAUGAUUAUUCCCAAUACAGCCUUUCGGGGCUCGCAUCCAGUGUGUGUAAGGAACCAACGGAAGAUAGCAGUCUUGUCUGGGCUUAAGGUCAAAUACUUAAAGCAAGCUGAGCUCAUUAAAAGAAUGGAAGCUUUAAAUAAGGCAAGCCUCGCUGGUGAAAGUGCUUUGCAAACACUUAAGCUAGGCUCAUCACGUGGUUGGUUUACAAAUUUGCAUCGCCUACAUAGGAAUGCUGAUGCUUUAGGACAUUAUAAAUUCGCCAAGCAAGCAAAGUGGCCAUCAGAGAGCAUCCAGAUCGACUCUUUGAUCCCGAAUUUUUGAAAAGAGCACUUUUAUUUCUUUUGUCCGCAGAUGUCACAGGGGAAGAUGACUGGGAUCCUGAUGCUGCCCUUACCUCCUGGGAAGAUAAAGGGUCCGUAAAUAUUCCUAUUUUCAAAUGGUGGUGGGAAAUGGAUGGAGGAGUCGCACGAAUUAUAGAAGAUGAGCUUGAUAUGUACAAACAUCAUACUCGUCAGCAUUUGCAUGGAGACGAAACUAAAGGUUGGCUCCCAACAAGCUUAUUAUUUUAUAGCGCAGCAGUUAGCAUCGCAGGAACCAGUUCAUUACGCAAUAUAUGCAGCCUUAAGACCUGAUCACUGGACAAGCUUAUUGUCCUAUCCGUAUUAUGCAAAAUACUCGGAAAUUGAUGACAAACAUCAAACUACAGGUGGAUUUGAACAUAUUGACCAGAAUGUUGAGAAACUUCUCAGUGGAGAAUCUGGCUUAAAGUCUCAGGUUCAAGGAUCCAUUAGUUUUGAUGAUGAAUCUUCUCAAAACUGUACCAAGAUUGCCCCGGGUUUUCAUAAACCUGGAGUGCUCGAAAAGUGGUGGAAAGAGCUACUUGAGCAUCAUAGAAAGAAUGGUCCAGUAACCCGUAUCCUGCCCUCAGCACAACUGAAAUGGGAAGCGGCCCCAUGUAGGAAAGGUGAGGCUAGAUUCACUAUGCCUCAAAUUCCUCCGGCGCUCAAUCUAGGUACGCUAGAAUAAAGAAGCGGACGACAAUACUACCAUGGUUAUCAAGGGUUGCUGAGGAUCAGACGACGCUCCCUAAUACUAACAAAGGUGCUGGAACUGACCAAGACGGUGCACUGGCCCGAAUAUCCUGUAUGCCACCCAAAGCUACCCAAUCAGGCAAGCCUAUAUACAACUCGUACAUUCCAUAUAAAUUUCCAGCAUGUGUUAGACUUGAAUCAUUAGGAGCUUUAUCUGACGCUCUUAUUGGGCUCCGCCAGUGGGAUGCGCCUGAAGUAAUGUCGGAACAGGAAAUUUAUUUGAAGAAGAUAGAUCUGCAGCACCGGAAUUAAUUUUAACAUGGAGAGCGAAAGCUUAUACCACUGCACAUGCGCCAUUUGAUGUGAUCAAGAAGACAGAGCAAGGAAUUUUUCAGUCGAAAUCAUAUUGGAAUAAACAAGCUGCUGAUUAUCCAUUUGACUCAGAUGAGUCAAUUGGAGACAUGGUCACAGAUAGCGGGGAAGAAGCUCAAUGUGGGACGCUUGGUAACGAAGGGACUCCUCUUAGAAAUUAGGAGAAAGCUUUCAGGGAAGAAUACCCUAUUGCAUUAAUGCUAUGGAUAUUUGCUAUCGAGAGCAACCAUUUGAAAUUUGGCGAGAGCGGUUCCAGGUUGUAUAGGGUAGAAGAUGACGAUUUGGAACGCCUCUUAUGUAGUGAACUCCAAUUGUACAUGGGGUAGAGAUGCAUAAUGAAUCAACAUAGAGCUAUGGGAGGAAUCAAAUUGAACUAGACUCGAAUUGUGCAAAUCGAAGAUUCCAAGCUGCCGAAUGAUGAAGCUGGAGGGUAGACUGGAAUCCAUGAGUAUGAUAUUCGUGUAUAUUUGGUUGCUAGUGAGAAAGAUAAACAGGGUCAAUGAAGCUAGAAAGAGAGGAAUGAGCAAAGAUGAAGGCGGAGGUAAACGAACUGUCGCCGUCGAAGGUAACUGCUACUAGAGAAUUACUGGUGAGUGUUGAGAACUAUGCUGCUGAGAUGUUGCGGAGAUGUAAGGG